UGAUGCUGGAGAGCGGCGUUGCAAACUGUCAGCAACAUGUGGGACUGCAGAAACUCUCCACAUUGGCACGGAUGUUACAUUCCUCUCUGGGCCCCAACAAAAGGUACAAGUUUAUCCAGGACGAGAGCAGCGGGGAGUCGGCUCUUGCCUGCUCGUGUUUUCGGAUCAUUCAGAACCUGGAGCCUACGUGCGCGGUGGGUCAGCUGGUGUACGAGACCGUCCAGGCCCAGCAGAAGGUUUACCACACGGGGUCGGGAUGCCUGCUGUUUCUGGCGGGAGCCUGGAGCCGCGUCGCUCUGGACUGUCUCCAGAAAGGGAUUUCAGUUACCCACAUUAUCUCAGCCAUGACCGAAGGGAUGGAAAUAUGCAUGGAUGUUUGCAGGAAGUCUGUUAUUUCAAUCCAGGAUCUUGCUGCGAGGUCCCCGGGGAGACGUACCACAACCACUCCUGCUCCAGGACCCCAGCUACCAGAGAAACCCUUCACCGAGACAGCAGCGGUCGAUCAAAAGACCCUGGAUAUCAGUGGAAAAAGGAAGGUGAAGCUCAGCAGACAUUUUUGUGAGAACAAGUCUGACGUGAUCUUGAACGGACAACAGCUUCAUCAUCCCGAGCAUCCGGACAUGGAGCGCAUCGCUGAAGCUCUGAGUCACGGUUGUGAUAACACCAUGAAAUUAGCAGUCGAAGCCGUUCACAUGCAGUCACAAAGUACCGGACGAGAUCUCAGCUGCCCCUCGUUUGACAUCACCAGACUCGUGACUUGUGUGCUUCCUUGCUUAUCGGAGGAUCACGCUUGUGUCGUCCAGGGCUGCGUCGUUCUCUUAUCCGACGAUCAGGCCCCAGUUGCUCAUCUGUUGAAAGAACGGCCCCUAAAUGUGGUUCUAAUUCAAGGAGAUUUAUCGCAAAGCUAUCGCCAUCUGGGCUUCAAAAAGCCAGCAGGUGUGCAGCGUGUGAGUAAUCAGUUGGAUUUGUCCAGCAGAGAGGAUGAGUGGGUGGAAAAGGUGAUGGAACUCCUCUCGGAGCUGGGGGUGAACCUGAUUCUCGUCACCGGCUUCGCCAGCGAGAGCGUGAUUCGACGUUGUUGCAGACGUCACAUACUCGUGGUGGAAAAAUUCAGCUCUUCCGUUUUGAGGACUUUCGCUUCUUCGACCGGAGCCGUUCCGGUGACUUACGCCACGCAGUUGAACGAGCGCUGCGUUGGCGUCGGCGGCUUGCGGGUCGGGAUAUGGAGGGAUCUCAGCAGCUAUGACCGGAAGUCUUUAACAGCUGUUAAUAUUUCCACCGGCGGUAAAAACAUCGGACUGGUCACGGUAAUCCUCACGAGCUGCGUACACGGCAAGCUGCAGGCGCUUGAGGAUCAGUUCUGGGCCUGUGCCUACCGUCUGCAUCACGCGCUGACGGACAAAGCCCUCCUGCCGGGGGCCGGCGGGACAGAAAUACUAUGUAUUCAUCAUUUACAAAAGCGAGCCGAGCAUCACAGAAAAAACGGCGGCGACUCGGGGGAACGGACUAAAACCGGGACGGCGUCUAACCUCUACGGAGGUGUUGUGUUGCAGCUCAUGGCAGAUAGUUUCUUAGAUUAUGUAACCACGGUAACGGUCAACACUGGCAGGCUGUCGGGGGUCGAGGCCAGGACCGCCGUGAGCCAACAACUGCAGAACUUCAGCGGAUGUCGAGAGUUUGCAUCAGCGUUCUCACGUCUCGUCUUGGAGGGCGACAAAGAAGCUGCCACAGUUUUUUCAGCAAUAAAACCAGACGAGACUCCGACAGCGGAAAUCUGGGAUAAUCUCAGUGUGAAGCAGGAAGCAUGGAGAAAAGCAUUAGAUCUUGUUUUUCUGGUCCUGCAGACGGAUGCAGAAGUUAUCACCGGCGUGGGCCAAAAGACUGAGGAAAAUUUGAUGCUGCUGUGAUCUGCAUGCAUCAUACCGGGGAACAAUGAGCCUCUGAUGCUUUUCUUUUUUAUUUAGAUUAUAAUUGUUUUAAUAUGAGUAUUAUUAAAAUACUGUUAUGUACAUCAAUAGAGCUGUUUUAAGGCUUUUCAUGCUGUCAGUGUUGUGAUUGCAUUUGAAUCCUGCAGUACCUAUUAUGAGCCACAUGGGGGAGACAUGCACAGUGGAAAGAAAUUUUUUUAAUUUCAUUUAUUCCAUUCAUGGUAUAUAUUC